AUGGUGGUGUAUGAUCGGCUUCUCUUCAGUCUGUUGCUUUUUCUGGGAGGAUGCCGGCAACAGCUGCUUGAGCUGACUAAAUGCCGCUUCCCACACUUGUUCACAGCCCAUCCCAGCGGGUCGGGCCUGCUGCUGCCUAAAGGAGUAAAGGGCAGAGGGGCAGCUGUGUCCGAGGGCAAAAGCCCAGCUCUCUGUGGUGAGGUUACAGUGCAAACUGGAGAUCUGCUGCCAUGUAGGAUUUGUGGAAGGACUUUCUUUCCAGCAGCACUGAAAAAGCAUGGACCCAUUUGCCAAAAAACUUCUGCCAAGAAAAGGAAGACAUUUGAUUCCAGCCGUCAGAGAGCGGAAGGAACUGACAUUCCCACAGUAAAACCUCUUAAGCCACGGCCAGAACCACCCAAAAAACCUUCCAACUGGAGACGAAAGCACGAGGAAUUUAUAGCAACUAUACGAGCAGCCAAAGGACUUAAUCUUAAAGACGGUGGAAAACUCCCUCCACCACCUCCGCCAUCAUAUGACCCAGAUUACAUUCAGUGUCCAUAUUGUCAGAGGAGAUUUAACGAAAAUGCAGCUGACAGACACAUCAAUUUCUGUAAGGAACAAGCAGCACGUAUUACUAAUAAGGGGAAAUUGGCAGCUGAUGCCAAAGGGAAGCUUCCUACUCGAACACAGUACAAACCUGCUGCAGUUAAGAAGAUGCCUUCCAUAGGAUCAACACCAUCAUCAUCAUCACGCUUACCACAGCCCAGUGGUGUUAGCAAAACUGUUGUAGGUGCCUCUUCAAGUAAAGCACUAUCUUCAUCUGGAUCCAGUGGGAGCAAACUUCAGACAUUAUCACCAGCUCAUAAAAACUCAAUGGGAAUGGUGAACCCACAAGCAGGUAGUAAGAUGGACAAGUUAGGCCCACCACUGCGAACUGGAAGAGAUGUGCAAAGGUUUUAUGACACUGAUACAAAAACAGACAGUACCGUCAAAAGACCAAAUGAGUUGUUGCCUAUAAAGAAAGGCGCAACAAAAACACGGACAUCGACCCCUCCUAGUGUGGCAAGAACCAUGAGCACGGGUGCUCUAACAAACAAAAGAAAAACUAGCAAUUCAGACAGUUAUUCAAGGUCUGAUGGUAAAAUUGGGUAUGACAGUGGAGACUACCCAUCCUCAGUCAAUGGAGGAAGUUCAAAAAGCAGUGAAGGAAAUUCACCUGUACAGUUAUCAAAGUUCUGCCAUGAAUGUGGAACAAGGUAUCCAGUGGAAUGGGCGAAGUUUUGCUGUGAGUGUGGAAUUCGAAGAAUGGUUGUGUGAACACAUUCUUAAAAGCAAAAAGAAAACGAGAAAACGUCGGAAGCGUCUGCUAUGUACUGCUGCAUGGAAAGCUAGAGCACUCCUUCCAGUUAGACUUCAUGCUGCAAACAUGUUGAAACAUCAUAUUGUGAUUUUCUGAGUGCAAUCUUCUGGUUACACACUUAUUUAUAAACAAAUAUAUAUACUGUAUAUAAAAAUAGCAGGUACCUAAAACUCUGCCAUUCAAGGAAAUACUCUUUAAUCUCUGUUGGAAAUAUUUAAAAUUAAGGUAAAAAUGUGUUAAGUAGCUUAGGUAGCAGAAGUGGUUCAAUGUUGUUUUUCUUGUAAAUCCUACUAGAUAAAGGAUUAUUUAAAUCACUUAUGUAGGAUAAUAUUUGCCCAUAGGGAACUAGCCAUGAAGAACUUGGGCUUCAAAAGUUUCUCUGUGGAGGCAUUUCCUUCAUAUGUGACUAACUUAGAUGCUAUAUUCUAAGUGAAAACAACAUGAGUAACUCCUUAUAAAUUCCUAGUUAAAAGUGCAAAAAAUCUGGAUCCCUUUAAACUCUUCAACAGUAAUAUCCUCAUUGGACUUUCCAGUUACUUCCUAGGAUUUUUUUUAAAGAAUCAAAGUGGAAAAACUACCUGAGAGUUCUGUUCACGUGUAAGAAAAGCAAGAUUUUUGUUUGUGGCUUUCCAUGUUCUGUUUUCCAAUAAAAACGUGUUAAUAUUUUAAUGUAUUUAUAAGGACAAAUAUGGUAUUGUCAUUUUAUUAAGUUCCUUUUGUUCAGAAAUACUUCUCUUCUUCCUCCUGUUCUCCACCAUGACUAGCAUAUCUAAAAGUUUUGUGCUUUUUGCCUUUAAAGGUUUCCAAAGUUCCUGCUCUUUUUUUCUCUUCCCUCAUUUCCUGAAGGAGAGACAAAGUCUAUGCUUAUCCUACCUAAAUGUUGAACUCUUACUUUGAAAACAGCCUUUGUGAUGUAUCCAAUACAAAAAAAGAGUUCCAUAAAAAUGUAUGUUGUUAGAGCAGUAGAACUUGAUGUAAGUAGUGACUGGUUUUUAUUCUUAUUCCUGUGCAAAUAGCACAGCUUACAUACGCGUGCAUAAUGGAGUAACUGUGCUCCAUAGGUUUAUAUGUUAAUACCUUUGCAUGUUUUUUUGCAAUUUUGUGUAUUUUUGGGCUCUGAACAGCAGCCUCUGAACAGCAGCCUCUUGAAGUUAGUAACAGACUUCGCAUUAAUUGGCUGGGAAGAAGGGUCAGGCCCUGGAAGUUGUUGGGUUUUUUUAUAAAUUACACAGGAUAUUAAAAUCAUUCACAAGCCAAAUCACUUAACUUGUAUCUCAAUGUAGUAAUUUGUUUUGUGAAGUUUUGCUUUGAAGUACUGGCACCGUCUUAGUUAUGUGUGAAAGAAUAAUCUGAAAGAACUUAAUUGUGCCUUUCCCACAACAAAUACACUCUUUUUGUCAGAAAUGCUUAUUUUCAGCUCACAAACACCAUUAGUAUAAAUUCAUAUAAUUUCUUUGUAGCUUAUGCAAAAUAUAAUGUAGUGUUCCAGAUAGUUUUAUGGUCACUGCAUUCUCAAAACUUGUGAUUACUAUCAAUGGGGCCAAUUUUGAAGAAAGCAUGAUUGAAGAAAAGCAUCUCCAAAGCAGGUACCAGUCUUGGAGGGUGAGAGAUUUAAGAGACUUGAUGUAGUCAUGUUGCAGGCCACAAACUAUUGAUGUUUUAGAAUUAGUUCAAUGGUCUGCAAUUGUCUUACACUUUUUAUACGAAAUUAUUUUUAGAAAUUAUCCUUCAUUCAGUGUAGUCUUGUUUUAUUAUAAUUUGCGUAAGCUGGCUACUGAAUGUGGUAGGAUCGAUGACUGGUAAUGAUUAGAACUGACAAAUCUUAGCCAAAUUAUGUUCUAGGUAGUUUAGGUUCUAGGAUCCAUAUUUUGGCACAUUCAUGUCUGUACUUGGAAAAAUUGGAAUCCUGCAUCCUUUGCAUAGAUAAGCCUGCUUUAGAAAAUUUGCCCUGGACUUGGGCCAUGGAGGUCUGCAGACUGAAUUAUUGCAAACUGAGUGUCCCAUCAGCAAAGAUACAAGUCCAGAAUAGAUUUGAUCAGUUAGUGAAUCUACUGAGGAAUCAAUUUUUUUGUCUGACUUGAUGAAUUUCCAGUUCUUGUUUCUGCUGGAAAAAUGCAUUUUACCAUUUAUUGAAAAUGCUUUCUACAAAGGGAAAGUUUAGUAAGGAAAUAAAUAUCUUCCAGGUUUUCCAGGACUGCUGUAACUGUAGAAAAAACAUAUGACUGUUUCUCCUUUGAAUUGUAGGUGGCAGGUUUCCUAGUUUCAAAUCAAUCCACAUACAGUUACCAUAAUUUCUGCUUUUUGAACUGUUUGUAUAACUCUUUGCUUCCAAUGCAGCAUUUAGUAAAUUACUCGCGUGACACAUCAUUUACUUUAUUUACACUUCUAUGAUUUAUAGCAAGGACUAGACAGGGGAUUAACCUGAACUGAAAGAAGAAUUUUAAACAGAUUUCCUGAACUUUUAAUUUGGCCUUACAAGAAGGUCUAGUGCAACAUAAGUGAGUGUUGAUUGUAACACUGGAUAAUGUGUGUUUGAAUCUACAAUAAAUAUAAGCAGACAAUGAAAAUGUAACUGACUAUGCAGUGUACUACUGUAUGGUGAGACUGUCGGAGGCCUAGUAUGUUUCCACUUCAUCAACUGGUUUUGUUACUGAAUGACAUAGGUUUCUAAAGUCUCUGAUGUUACAGACUGUUGGCUGUAUUACACAAGUUAUCAGCACAGAUCACUGUAAUUCCAUCUCAGUGGAACGUUUGUUAGGAAAUAGUAGAUUUGUUUUCAUAAUGCCCCUGCAGAAUUGAAUAUGGGAAACAAAUUUGUUUAAAGAAAAAAUAAACUGUUAAGGGAGAUGGACUUUGAAUUUUGAAUCUUUAGGUACAUUGCAUGUGUCAGGAAGUUCCUGAAUUUAAUUAAUUAACGACCUAGGUCCAAACCUUCUUGCCCUAGCCCUCCCCCCUGUCUUUAUGCCUUGGUUUUCAUGGGAGGAAAAAACAUGGAUACAUAUACUGAAAGGGGAGUGUUACAGAAUGUCUCAAGAAUCAAAAUAUUGAUAACAGUGAAGAUAAAACCCCUAGAUGAACUAUGCACUGCUGAUGCACUUCACUGAUGAGUGUAAACUUAGCUAGUGUCAUCCUCUGGAUGCCUUGUUGACAGAUAUUUAACUUAAAAGCCUAAAUUCCUUUGAGUUCAUGUGUAAAAUUAGGAUGCUAUGAUUACUCCAUUUAGCAUCUGUCUUUCCAGUUCUAUGUGUGUGUGUAGAUAUAUAUAUAGGGUGUGCACGUGAGCGCAUGCAUGUAUUUUGUGAGAAUUCAUAAGUUAUACAAAUGUAAAAAAUUGUUUCACUAAAGCAGAGUGGAUACAAAACAGGACUGAAUGCUACUGGAGGAUUGUGAAGCAUCAGACAGUAGACUAAUGUAGUUACUGUCCACUUAAAGUGAAAUUUAUUGAUGUGACUGUUUUAAUGAUUUCUAUACUAACAUCUGACCCUGUGACAGACUUUCUUUUGC